AUGUACCGAUAUUCUUGCGAUCGGUUCCCUAACCUGUUGGCUGAAUAUCGAGGCGCCUAUACGUGUAGUAUAUGUCAGCAAAUAUUCAACACUCCGGUCACCACAACCUGUUGUCUGCAGACUUUCUGCGAGGACUGUAUCACUCAAUGGCUUCAGACGAAUACUACCUGUCCUUUUGACAGGAAACCAUUGAGCAAGGCUAAUUUGGUGCUACCAAGGGAUAUGUUGAGCAGUUUGGGUAAGCUUAGUAUAAAGUGCGAUUACUGGGACAGUGGGUGUCGCGAAGUGAUUAAACUGGAGGACUUGUCUCAGCAUACAGUCAACUGUCGAUAUAAGUCGAUACUGGCCGAGUGUAGGCGACACCGGUCUGUACCGGAAUUGUUGGACACCGGUAUGAGCACCGAUUGGACCGACAAAACACUGGCCAUAAUUAGCGAACAGUUGGCCAAACAAAACAAUCUAUACCUGGUGUGCAAGUAUGUGGUCAAUCAAAUGGAUCUUGAAUUUGGCAGCCAAUGGCACUGCACUGCUCACUCGAGCCCGAAUAGCUCAGAAUAUUACCAGAUUGACAACGAUCGUCAUUUAAAAGUAAAAUUCACCCCGAUCACGUUCAUGCUGAAUUGGUCGAUAUUCGUGUCCCGGCUCAGUUUAAACAAAUUUUGCCGCAAAUUAACAAUAAUCUACACUGAUAUGAAACCAUCGAUGGUAUCGUGGGUGUCAGCCUUUGUGAAUAUGGUUAUGUGUGAUGCGGCCAAUCACCGGUCGCUCAGUAUGAAAGCUACGGCCGCCAACAUUGGGGCAAAAGUGGGCGAAAAAUAUCGAGGUCGAAAGUGGCAGUGCAUUAUCUAUGGGCAUGGCUCCGCCAACUAUCACGUGACUAGUGUGCCUGGCACUUAUUUACAUUGUCACGUAGAUCAGCUUAUUGAUGUGAAAUCCAAAAUUGAUCGGUUCCCCGACCUGUCGGCUGAAGAUCGGGACAAAUACACUUGUAGUAUAUGUCAGCAGAUAUUUGACUGUCCGGUGACCACAACCUGUUGUCUACAGACCUUCUGCGAGGACUGUAUUACUAAAUGGCUUCAGACCAACACUACCUGUCCGUAUGAUAGGAAAUCAUUGAACAAGGGUGAAUUAUCACGAGCACCAAGGGUAAUGGUGAACACCCUUGGCCGGUUUAAUAUAAGGUGCGACUACUGUGAUGGCGGGUGUAGGGAAGUUGUUAAACUAGAAAGCUUAUCCCAGCAUACAGUCAACUGUCGCUAUAAAUCUGUAAAAUGCUCAACAUGCCAGUGCGCUCAUAUAUUGGGACACGACUGUAUCGAAGCGCUACGGGCAGAAAUUGAGGCAUUAAAAAUGACUAAAAAUGAUAAAGCUACCAAUUAUUAUGAUGGUGGUAAUAGUAGUAGUAGUAAUGAUCAAUCAGUACUAUCUGAUCACAAGAUACUGGCCGAGUGUAGGCGACACAUACCUGCACCGGAAGUGUUGAACACCGGUAUGAGCGCCGAUAUGACCGACAAAACACUGUAUAUAAUUAGCGAACAGUUGGCCAAACAAAACAGCCUAUACCUGGUGUGUAAGCAUGUGGUCGAAGACAUGGAGCUCGAGUUUGGCACCGAUUGGCACUGUAUGACCGACUCGGGCCGCAAUAGUGUCGGCUAUUAUAGGGCCGUCAGUGAUCGCCAUAUGACGGUCAAAUUCACCCCGGUCACGUUCAACGUGUUUUAUAGCGAAAGGCUGGAUUGGACAGUAUUUAAGGCCCGGCUCAAGCAUAACAAAAUUGACCGC